AUGGCCAAUAGCCUUUGUAGCGAUGAUGCCUAUCAAACCCGGACAGGCGACCCUUGGGACGACUAUUCACAAUAUGCCCCCACCCCCGGUUAUUUUGGUCGUUCGCCUACCAUAUUCUCUCCUAGCCCUGCCCCGGAUUGUGCGACGGAUCAGGUGCAGUCAGAUCAGCUCGAUUUUCUCCCAUUAGCUGAAUGGGACGAAGAUGCCGAAUAUGACGAGCAGCUCCCAACACACAUGCGCUACACGAUUGCAUGGAAGGUUAUGUUCAACCGUAAGAAGGUAGGCAGUGUGACUGAAAAAGAUUUGGUUGUAUCUCCUGCGGAUUACUGGGUGAAGACUUUGAAACUAGCUGUUGAAGAAAUGCUGCAAAUGAAAAAGAAAAAUGGCCAGCGAGUUCGAUCUGAAGGCACGGCUGUUACUGUCAAAGUGGACUCCCGGUGCCAGAAAAACCUAGAACGAUUUUUUCCCUCUACUAUCGACUGGAAACCAGUGGAAAAGCAGCUACGUAAAUGGAGCAACUUGAUUCGUGUAGGCAAAAUCCUCACAAUCGAGAUUGUCUUUAAUUACAGGGGCGAUGACGAUGGUCCUUCCAUGUCUGUAUCAAGAACAGGCGAAAAGAGAGGCCGUGUGUCGGCAACUAGCAGAAUGUUGGCAGAGCGUGAGAGGCUGAUCCAUAAUGAAGAAGAGAACACCGGACGACCCGCAACUUGGGAUCUUGUUUAUGGCUUUAUGAGGUGUGAUGUCCGUUCAUGCCCACUCAAGUCUGAUUGGUGCUGGGAAGAUCCCAAGGACAAGAAACACUAUAAAAUGCGGGCCCCACAUCUAGAACGCCUGAUUGACUAUGUUGACGGUGGUGGCAGCCUAGACAGUCACGAUGAUGUCCCUAGUGAUAUCCGUCGAGAUCUAGUUCUGGAAAGUCAGACAGGAAGGAAAUCGAAAAAGACCGAUAAUUUGACAACCGGGCCACCAUAUCCAACCAUCAUUAAUGUUCUGCCAGCACAAAACCGAGUCGCCCCGGCGGUUACUUCGUCCGUACGUAGGCUUCCACCUGACGACUACGUCGUCAUCCCUGGGUCUCGCGAAGCUGCUGUAAGAGAAUACUGCAAAUGGUUAGAAUCACGCGCCACCGACGAGGCGUACAAAGCUGAUUUCCGGAAAAUAUGCCAAGUGACGUUGGAAAACCACCUAGAUCUUGAACUAAUUCUUGAGGACCCAGACUCUGGCUUCUUUGUUCAACGGGGGAUCCAGAUUGGAACAGCUCGUCGCUUCCUGCGCGACAUCAACGAAUGGGCCACUGUUAGGAAAUCAAACGGACUUGACUAG